UGUGCCUUAUCCAAAAACCUCGUAAAACCUCUCACAAUCGACCAUUGCGAUUCACAUCCUCAGUUUCAGAUCGAAGAAAAAUGCGAUCAUCUCCAUGCUCUUCGUUUCUAGCCUCGAAUCCUCUGUUUCUACCUUCUCUAAUCCCUCGUUACACUUCCAGAAACUCCUUCAGACGAGCAAGAGAACGAUUCUCCUUCGCCAAGUCCCUUCAUGGAAUCAGAAGAAACAUCGAGGUCGCUCAAGGAGUGCAGUUCGAUGGUCCCAUUAUGAGUAGAGACGCUUUAGAGGUGAAUGAAGAAGAUGAUUUAAUGGUCCAGGUGUGUGUGACUCGUACAUUGCCUCCAGCUCUAACUCUCGAGCUUGGCCUUGAGAGUCUCAAGGAAGCUGUGGACGAACUCAAGACUAAUCCUCCCAAAUCAUCUAGUGGCGUCUUGCGAUUUCAAGUGGCUGUGCCUCCAAGGGCAAAAUCUCUGUUCUGGUUUUGCUCACAACCUAAGUCUUCAGGUGUAUUUCCUGUGUUUUUCCUCUCAAAGGAAAAUGUGAAGCCUUCUUAUAAAUCACUUUAUGUAAAGGAACCUCAUGGGGUUUUUGGAAUCGGAAACGCAUUCUCAUUCGUUCAUCCGUCUUCAAUUGACUCCAAGGGACAUAGCACGAUGAAAACAUUCCUCUCAGAUGAAUCAGCUAUGGUGACAGCCUAUGGUUUCCCAGAGAUUGAUUUCAACGAACACUCUACUGUAAUUAGCAAGGAAGGCUCUUCUUACUUCUUCGUUCCCCAGAUUGAGUUAGAUGAGCACGAAGAGGUCUCUAUAUUAGCAGUAACACUGGCAUGGAAUGAUUCUCUCCCUUACAGAUUUGAGGAAAUGAUUAGUUCAUAUGAGAAAUCAGUUUUUCAGGUUUCUAGUCAUUUCUGCCCAAAUUUAGAGGAUCAUUGGUUCAAACAUCUGAAAAGUUCUCUUGCAAAGUUUAGUGUAAAAGAGAUACAUCCAGUUCAGAUGGAGCAUAUGAAGUUUUUCACAUUUUCUGGGAGAGAUCAGGCUGACGCCAAGGAACUGGUAUCUUCUUUACCCUGGUUUGAUUUACCUGCUUUGUUGCAGAAAAAUAUACAAUCAUCAUCUCAGUUCCAUUGCAAGCUUUCACCUGACGUUGUCUUCUCAAACAACAUGUACUUUUGUGUAGCUCCUGGUUCAAGGUCAUCCCAUCUUGCAAUCGCUGCUGCCAACCACCCCCUCACAACGUGUCUCGCAUGCUUUGACGAACGAUCUCUUGCGUUUCACGCUAUUGGGUAUGCCAAAGGAUCCCUCAAACCAGCAGUCAUUAUUACAUCAUCAGGAACUGCUGUUUCAAAUCUUCUUCCAGCGGUGGUUGAAGCCAGUGAGGAUUUUUUACCACUGCUACUACUUACCGCAGAUCGUCCUCCUGAACUUCAGGGCGUUGGCGCAAAUCAAGCAAUAAAUCAAACUCUGCUAUACAUUGGGCAACAGGUUCUGCUUGUGGACCAGUACAUCUCAAUUGUCCUUUUAGAGAACCACUUGACGGUAGUCCAACAGAUUGUACAAAGCAUUAAGAGCAAUGGUGUAACAACUGGCCAAAUUACUGAGGUUUUACAAGUAAUCAAAGAGGCUAAGAAGGGUCUUCUUCUUAUCGGUGCAAUUCAUACAGAGGAUGAAAUUUGGGCUUCGCUUCUGUUGGCUAAAGCGCUGAUGUGGCCUGUUGUUGCAGAUGUCUUGUCUGGUGUACGGCUGCGCAAGCUAUCUAAACCUUUUCUUGACAAGUGGACCCCUGUUUUUGUUGAUCAUCUUGAUCAUGCCCUGCUUUCAGAUUCUGUUAGGAAUUUGAUAGAGUUUGAUGUUGUUAUCCAGGUUGGACGUCGGAUAACAAGUAAAAGAGUUUCUCAGAUGCUAGAGAAAUGCUUUCCAUUUGCAUACAUUUUGGUUGAUAAGCAUCCAUGCCGACAUGACCCAUCACACCUGGUCACUCACAGGGUCCAAAGCAACAUUGUUCAGUUUGCGGAUUGUGUACUUAAAUCUCGAUUUCCUUGGAGGAGAAGCAAGUUGCAUGGUCAUCUACAGGCACUGGACGGCGUCAUUGCCCGGGAAAUGUCAUUUCAAAUAUCUGCUGAAUGCUCCCUGACUGAGCCAUAUGUUGCACAUAUGCUUUCGAAAGCACUGACUUCAAAAUCUGCUCUUUUCAUUGGGAAUAGUAUGCCGAUAAGGGAUGUGGAUAUGUAUGGAUGUAGUUCGGAAAAUUAUUCCCAUGUGGUAGAUAUGAUGUUAAGUGCAGAGCUACCAUGUCAAUGGAUACAAGUAACUGGAAAUAGAGGAGCUAGUGGCAUUGAUGGCUUGCUCAGCUCAGCCACUGGCUUUGCUGUAGGAUGCAAGAAGAGAGUGGUCUGUGUAGUGGGGGACAUCUCUUUCCUUCAUGAUACAAAUGGAUUGGCGAUUUUUAAGCAGAGGAUUGCGAGGAAACCAAUGACAAUUCUUGUGAUAAACAACCGUGGAGGUGGAAUCUUCCGACUUCUUCCUAUAGCAAAGAGAACAGAGCCUAGUGUGUUAAAUCAAUACUUCUAUACAUCACAUGACGUUUCCAUUGAAAACUUAUGUUUGGCACAUGGCGUGAAGUAUGUACACGUUGGGACGAAAAGCGAACUUGAGGAAGCUCUAUUUGUACCCAGCGUGGAAGAGAUGGAUUGUAUUGUGGAGGUUGAAAGUUCUAUCGAUGCUAACGCAAUCGUUCAUAGUAAUUUGCAGAGUUUUGCACGUCAAGCUGCAAAUGAUUCAUUGGCCAUGAUCUCGGGUAGUUCUCUUCUUCAUCCAAUGAUCGACAAUGUACUUCUUUGCCAAGUUUCUGGGAUACAAUAUUCUCGGUACAGAGUCGAACUGUGUGACAAACCUACCAUAUAUUAUGGUGAAUCCUCUCAAUUCCACCGAGAAGGGUUCAUACUCUCCCUGACUUUGGACAAUGGAAGCAUUGGCUACGGAGAGGUUGCACCUUUGGAUAGCAAUAGAGAGAACUUAAUGGAUGUGGAAGGGCAGCUACAAUUAAUACUUCACCUUAUGAAAGGAGCUAAAUUUAGUUACAUGCUUCCUUUGUUAAAUGGCUCGAUUUCUUCCUGGGUUUGGAGUGAACUUGGAAUCACUGCAUCAUCGAUUUUACCGAGUGUCAGAUGUGGUCUGGAAAUGGCUCUUCUGAAUGCAAUGGCAGUAAGACAUGAUUCUAGUUUGCUGGGGAUACUUCAUUGUCAGAAAGAAGAAAAUGGUUCUGCUCAACCACACUCUGUUCAAAUAUGUGCCCUUCUUGAUUCUGAAGGUACUCCAUCGGAGGUCGCAUAUGUUGCUAGAAAACUUGUUGAAGAAGGGUUCAGUGCUAUAAAACUUAAAGUUGCUCGUCGAGUGAGCUCUGUUCAAGAUGCUGUUGUUCUGCAAGAAGUAAGGAGAGUCGUCGGUGAUCAAAUUGAACUCCGUGCAGAUGCAAAUUGUCGCUGGACUUUUGAAGAUGCUAUAAAGUUUGGUUUACUGGUUAAAAGCUGCAAUCUACAAUAUAUUGAGGAACCUGUCCAGAACAAAGAUGAUCUUAUAAGGUUUCAUGAAGAAAGUGGAUUACCAGUGGCACUUGAUGAGACUCUUGACGAUAUUGCGGAAUGUCCUCUGCACAUACUUACCAAAUAUGCCCAUCCUGGAAUUGUUGCUGUUGUUAUUAAACCAAGUGUUGUGGGAGGGUUUGAGAAUGCAGCACUAAUUGCUCGGUGGGCACACCAGCAUGGAAAGAUGGCUGUUAUAAGUGCCGCAUAUGAAAGUGGCCUAGGUUUAUCAGCAUAUAUCUUGUUUGCAUCAUAUUUGGAGAUGGAGAACGUCAAAACAUCCAGAGAGAAAACUCAAGGGAUGGUCCCUCUUGUAGCACAUGGUCUUGGAACCUAUAGAUGGCUUAAUGAAGACGUAAUGAUGAAUAGUCUAGGGAUAUUCCGUAGUCCAUACAGUGGAUUUGUCGAAGGAUCUGUCUCUGAUGCUAGCAAAAAUCUAAAGGAUGUUAAGAUAAACAACGAUGUUAUUGUUAGAACCAGUAAAGGAGUUCCUGUCCGGAGAUAUGAAGUGAGGGUUGAUGUAGAUGGUUUCUCUCAUUUUAUAAGAAUCCAUGGCGUUGGACACAAUGCAGAAGGAAGUGUAGUUUUGUUUCUUCAUGGAUUUCUUGGAACUGGUGAAGAAUGGAUCCCAAUCAUGAAGGGUAUCUCAGGAUCCGCGAGAUGCGUUUCAGUUGAUAUUCCUGGCCAUGGAAGCUCAAGGGUACAAAGUCAUGCUAGUGAGACACAGAAGGUGCCUACUUUCUCAAUGGAGAUGAUAGCAAAGAUAGUGUAUAAGUUGAUUGAGCAAAUUACUCCUGGGAAAGUUACCAUAGUUGGGUAUUCAAUGGGAGCAAGAUUAGCACUGUACAUGGCUUUGAGGUUUAGCAACAAGAUCGAAGGAGCUGUUGUGGUAUCGGGGAGCCCCGGACUCAAAGAUCCAGUGGCAAGGAAAGUUCGAAGUGCAACGGAUGAUUCCAAAGCACGAAUGAUGGUUGACCAUGGACUAGAUAUCUUUUUGGAGAACUGGUACAAUGGAGGCUUGUGGAAAAGCUUGAGAAGUCAUCCUCAUUUUAGAAAAAUAGUUGCAAGCCGGUUGCUACAUGAUGAUGUCUUUAGUGUUGCUAAGCUCCUCUCGGAUCUAAGCAGUGGAAGACAACCGUCAUUGUGGGAAGAGUUGGAGGAUUGUGAGACAAACAUCUCGCUUGUCUUUGGUGAGAAAGAUGUCAAAUUCAAGAAAAUUGCUACAAGAAUGUACCGCGAAAUGAGUAAAAGCAAGAAGAGCGAAAGCAAUAUCAUCGAGAGUGUUGAAAUUCCAGAGGCUGGUCACGCUGUUCAUCUCGAGAGCCCUCUUCGCUUGAUCCUCACUCUUAGAAAAUUCUUAACAAGAGUGCGCAAAAGCUAUGCAGAGAAGGAGCUUUCUCAGAAGCUCUUGUUAGCAUUGAAAGAAACAUAGCAAGCUCUGAGAGAAUUGUAUAACAUAUUUGGAACAUGAAAGACAUUGUUUGAUCAUAUGAAAGACAUUGUUUGAUCAAUACCAUUAUAGCAUUUAUUAUUUAAAGAAAUUUCUAAGUAAUAACUAA